ACGUAAAAUAAUAUACGUUCUCUGGUAAAACAAAUUGUAUUUGUGUGAAAAUCAAAUCGCGGGAAAACCGGCAAACUACCGUGCUAAAUAAAUUAAAUUUAUGUAGUAGUUUUUAUAUUUUUUCUAUGAUACAAAAUAUAUUCGAAUUUCUGCUAUAAAAACAACUAGCAAAAUGGCUCUCUGGGUAGAUAAACAUCGUCCGCGUGAAUUAUCCAAACUUGAUUACCACAAAGAUCAGGCUGAAAACUUGCGUAACCUUUGCCAACAGGGGGAUUUUCCUCAUUUAAUGUUCUACGGCCCCUCUGGUGCGGGUAAAAAGACUCGUAUAAUGUGUCUGCUACGUGAGCUCUAUGGGGCAGGCGUGGAGAGACUACGCAAUGAAACCAUGACUUUUACCACACCAUCAAAUCGCAAAGUGGAAGUAAUGACAGUUGGCAGCAAUUAUCACUUGGAAGUAAAUCCUUCCGAUGCGGGCAUUUAUGAUAGAGUUGUUGUCAUCGAUCUAAUUAAACAGGUGGCACAAACACACCAAAUCGAUGCUGCGGGACAACGUGAAUUCAAAGUAAUUGUUCUCUCCGAGGUGGAUGAGCUAACAAAAGAUGCCCAACAUGCGCUUCGUCGUACUAUGGAAAAGUAUGUGGCUACCUGUCGCAUUAUAUUAUCCGUAAACUCUACUUCCCGUGUCAUACCAGCAAUAAGAUCGCGUUGUUUGGGUAUACGUGUGGCUGCCCCUAACGAAGAAGAAAUAACCACAGUACUGCAAUUGACUUGUAAACGUGAGGGUUUAACUUUGCCUGCUGAAUUUUCGAAACGUAUAGUAGAAAAAAGUGAACACAAUCUACGAAGGGCGUUGCUGAUGCUGGAAGCGUGUAAGGUUCAACAGUAUCCAUUCACUGGACAACAAGACAUUGUAGAGCUAGAUUGGCAGGUGUUCUUGCGUGAAACAGCUAAUCAAAUAGUGACGGAGCAAACUCCAGCAAAAUUGGAGAAAAUAAGAGAUCGUCUAUAUGAGUUACUAGCACAAGGUGUGCCACCCGAUAUGAUAUUCCGUGGAUUGGUAGAAGAGCUUGUGAGAAAUUGUGAUAUGUCACUAAAAGCCAAAACUUUGGAAUAUGCCACAUUGUAUGAACACCGCAUGCAAAAUGGUGCCAAACACAUUUUCCAUUUAGAAGCUUUUGUGGCUCAAUUUAUGAACAUUUACAAGAAAUUCAUGUCCGAAUCAAUGAUGAUGGACGAUUUUUAAAUUUACGAAAAUACGAAUAAUUUAUUUUUAAGCAUAGUAAUUAGAAAGUAGUUGACACUUGGAAAUAUUAAAAAAACUUUUGAAAAAUAAAUGAUUUCAAGCCAAAGCUGCUUGCUGUCGCUGUA